AUUAAAGGCUACGUUUCAGCGAAACAAGUUCAGAACAGAGUCAAGCCAGUAUUGGCGAUGUUGAGGGUUAUAGCUGGAGGGCCGGGGAUGACAUGGUGCAGAGCAAGAGAGACAAGGAAUAUCCUGAGACAGAUCUGUACGACGUACUGCACGAAGGCCAGGGCACGAGAUUUUAACAUGUGGAAACAACAGUUUGAAUUGAGAGAGCCGGAGUUCAACCUGGAGUACCUUCUUGAUGAGAAGAACAGAGAUGUUAUCAGAAAAAAUGUUGCCAAUAGGAAGGGAGUUGGGGAUAUAGACAGAGUGGUGGAGCUGUGGAAAAGACUGAAUGAGGAACCAAAGCCUGACAUACAGGAGAAGUUGAAGAUAGCCUUUUUGACAGCUGCGAGUGAGAUCCCGAACACUUCACACCCCGAAUCUCCCGUGGGGGAUGAGGAUGAGUCAAGACAGGUUGAGCUGAUUGGAGCUCCAAGAGUUGAAGAUGGCCUGAAAAGCAUAGUAGAACUAGGAGAGCAUCUGGGCAUGCUACGAGUCAGCAAUGUCAACAUGACAACAGGCCCAUCCACUUAUUACUUCACAGACCAGCUGGCACAACUAGAGCAGGCCCUCGUAACAUUCACCAUCAAAUUCCUGCUCAACAAGGGUUUUGAGUUGGUGUCAGUGCCAGACCUGUUGCACCCACAUGUUAUCGAGGGUUGCGGGUUCAAGACGAGCGGGGAUGUAGCUCAGGUGUAUCAUCUCGAUCCUAGCAGGCAUGAGCGCCUGUGUCUGGCUGGAACAGCAGAAAUGGCCCUGGCAGGUUUCUUGGGAAAUGAGGUGUUGAACGAAGAAGAUCUUCCAAAGAGGUUAGCAUCAGUGAGCCGAUGUUACAGAGCAGAGACCUCAGAUGCUGACAGUGCCCUGGGAAUCUACCGUGUACACCAGUUCACCAAGGUUGAGAUGUUCUGCGUGACUGCUAGUGACGUGACAGAGAGCAGUGACAUGCUGCAGGAACUACUUGAUAUAGAGAAAACUCUCUUCUCUCAGCUGCAACUCCACUUCAGGGUGUUAGACAUGUCCACAGCAGAAUUGGGGGCUCCAGCACACAGAAAGUAUGACAUAGAAGCCUGGAUGCCAGCAUCACAGCUAUGGGGAGAGAUCUCUAGUACAUCCAACUGUACGGACUUCCAGAGUCGCAGGCUACACGUGAAGUACCGGACCAGGGACGGGGAAUUAAGACAUUGUCAUACAGUGAAUGGGACAGCGUGUGCAGUACCUAGAACCAUUAUUGCCCUGUGUGAAACACAUCAAACAAAGGAUGGGAGUGUCCGGCUACCGAAUGUCCUGUGGAGCCACAUGAACGGACAGACAGAGCUUCGUCAACCAGACCAACCAACAAAUCUUCAAUGGAUCAAGGCUAAUAGGUUCACCUGACACUCUUCUUAUUAUACUGACAAACUCUGACGUGUGGAUACCAUGAAAUCUAGCUGUAAUUCUUCAUAGACAGAUGAAGCAGCCGCCUUAUGUGCGGUACGGGAUAUAUGAGGACAAAACAACACUCCUCACAUUGAUAAAGUCCAACAGGAGCACCUGAUACGCAUAGCCUCUCACCAGAUGUGUUACUAACACAACAGUGGAAACUCACAGAUGAAGAAGAAGAAGUAAAGUGAUAUUUGAACAGAAACAUGCGCUAGAAUUCUGAGCAAUGUUGUCUAGUAUUUCCAUCAAUAAUUUCAUAAUCCGUGAAUUCAGUGUUAGGAUUUGAUUGCAGUUGGUUUUUGCAAUGAACUUCGAGCUAACUUGUGCAUACUCAAUACUGCUUGUUUGCUUAUGAUUUUAAUUUCGGUCAAAAUUGUGAUGAAAUAAGUGUGAUUCUCUUAUCUGAAAAAUUGUUAAUGACACAUUAUUACCUAUUGUCAUUGAAUGUAUUAUGUAUGUAUGUUGAUUAAUGUUAUUAGAUAUAAAGAAAUUUGAAC